AUCUAGACGAGAGGGUGGGCAGGACCUUGCUCCCAGACGCUCAGGUAUUCCGGAGAGAUCCCGGAGGAGGCAAGUGCCUGGGGACUGCAGCUGACAGCCGGGCCGGCGGCCGGGCGCCCCUCUCGGCGCGCGGGCGGGGAACAGCUAGCGCGUGUGUGCGCGAGAGCGGCGGGCGGAGGCGCAGGCGCGCUGUUCGCCCGUCUGCAGCCCGGCGCCGAGCGCCGUGUCUCCGGGAGCCGAUGGCAGCACCACCACUGUGCGGCCACCCGGCCGAGCGCCGAGCGCAGCCACCACCCGCCGCUGCCCGGGGAGCGUCCAGGAUGUGGGGGGACCGGGGCGCGCAGCAGCCUCCGCUGGCCCGCCUGUGCUGACCUGCCUCGCUUGCCCCCAAAGAAUGUCAGCCAAGUCCAAGGGGACCCCCUCCUCGUCCUCUCCAGCCGAGGGACCGCCGGCAGCCUCCAAAACCAAGGUGAAGGAACAGAUCAAGAUCAUCGUGGAGGAUCUGGAAUUAGUCCUGGGCGACCUGAAGGACGUGGCCAAGGAACUUAAGGAGGUGGUUGACCAGAUUGAUACCCUGACCUCUGACCUACAGCUGGAGGAUGAGAUGACUGACAGUUCCAAAACGGACACCCUGAAUAGUAGCUCAAGCGGGACAACAGCCUCCAGCAUAGAGAAGAUCAAAGUGCAGGCCAAUGCCCCCCUCAUUAAGCCCCCAGCCCACCCAUCUGCUAUCCUCACGGUCCUGAGAAAGCCAAACCCUCCAGCGCCUCCUCCACGGUUGACACCCGUGAAGUGUGAAGACCCCCAGCGAGUGGUGCCCACUGUCAAUCCGGUAAAGACCAAUGGCACCCUUCUGCGAAAUGGAGGCUUCCCUGGGGCACCAACCAAAAUCCCCAACGGAGACAUCUACUGCAAACCCAGCAGUAACUUGGAAAAGGCUCCCGGGCAGCCUCUGAUGCACAGACCCGAAAAAGACAGGUGCCCCCAAGCUGGGCCUCGGGAACGAGUAAGGUUUAAUGAAAAAGUCCAGUACCAUGGCUAUUGUCCUGACUGUGACACCAGGUAUCACGUAAAGAACAGGGAGGUCCACUUACACAGUGAACCCGUCCACCCACCAGGAAAGCUUCCUCCCCAAGGCCCUCCCCACCCACCUCCCCCUCAUCUCCCUCCUUUUCCACUAGAAAAUGGGGGGCUGGGAAUAAGCCACAGUAACAGCUUCCCCCCCCUCAGACCUGCAACUGUGCCUCCUCCCACUGCACCAAAACCACAGAAGACGAUCUUGAGGAAGUCCACCACUACAACAGUGUGAUGUAUGCCAUUUAAAAGAAUUUUUUUUUGUUUUUUUGUGUUUUUUUUAAUUUUUCUAUAUUAUAAACAUAAAAUAAUAAGUAAUGAGCACUUUCUACUCAAGCAAUAAAAAGCCCAAAUAUAUUUAUCCUGCAUUCAGCAGAGUGACAUAAAAAUCACCUGGUAAGUAUGCAGUACGUUGUUUAUAUCCUGAGUAUUCAUUGUUUAAAAAGUUACAUGAUCAGAAACCACAGAAUAAUGAAAAAACUGAAUAUAUCAUUUUUUUUUUCAGUUAACCCAUUACAAACUGUAGAUGUCAAAGAUUUUGAUUUACUAUAAGAUAUGGGAUUAGAUUCAUUUUAUUCAUGCCUGACUCAUCUAUGCAUUAAUAACAUGCCAUACUCUUAACUUCAAUGUCAUGCUUUUUAAUAAGAAAUUUUAAUACUGAAGGACUAUUUUAUUAUUUUUUUCUAAAGAUGUAUGUCACUAGUUUUGCAUAAUUAAAUGCUGAGGAUGAUACAAGAAGGUUUAUUUUCUAUGCUAUACAAUUAUGAUCCUAUGUCCACCUAUAUAUGUAAUGAAAGAUUUGGUCUGUGGAAAUAUAUGUCAAUAAACAAUGGUAAAUAAUGACAAAA